UCCUGGUGAACCCCGGCCUGGAGAGCCCCGGCGCCGAGCAGGAGCCGAGCAGAGGCGGAGGAGAUGGCAUCCCAGCCGCCGCCGCCCCCGAAACCCUGGGAGACCCGCCGAAUUCCGGGGGCUGGUCCGGGACCAGGACCCGGCCCCACUUUCCAAUCUGCUGAUUUGGGUCCUACUUUAUUGACAAGACCUGGACAACCAACGCUUACCAGAGUGCCGCCACCUAUUCUUCCAAGGCCAUCACAGCAGACAGGAAGCAGCAGUGUGAACACUUUUAGACCUGCUUACAGUUCAUUUUCUUCUGGAUAUGGUGCCUAUGGAAAUUCAUUUUAUGGAAGCUAUAGCCCUUAUAGUUAUGGGUAUAAUGGGUUGGGCUAUAACCGCCUCCGUGUGGAUGAUCUUCCACCUAGUAGAUUUGUUCAGCAAGCUGAAGAAAGCAGCAGAGGUGCAUUUCAGUCCAUUGAAAGUAUUGUGCAUGCAUUUGCCUCUGUCAGUAUGAUGAUGGAUGCUACCUUUUCAGCUGUCUAUAACAGUUUCAGGGCUGUAUUGGAUGUAGCAAAUCACUUUUCCCGAUUAAAAAUACACUUCACAAAGGUCUUUUCAGCUUUUGCAUUAGUUAGGACUAUAAGGUAUCUUUAUAGACGGUUACAGCGAAUGAUAGGUUUAAGAGGAGGCUCUGAGAAUGAGGACUUAUGGGCAGAAAGUGAAGGAACUGUGGCUUGCCUUGGUGCCGAGGACAGAGCAGCUAAUUCAGCAAAAUCUUGGCCAAUAUUCUUAUUCUUUGCUGUAAUCCUUGGUGGUCCUUAUCUCAUCUGGAAACUGCUGUCUACCCACACUGAUGAAGUAACAGACAACACCAACUGGGCAAGUGGUGAGGAUGACCAUGUAGUUGCUAGAGCAGAAUAUGAUUUUACUGCUGCAUCUGAAGAAGAAAUUUCUUUCCGUGCUGGUGAUAUGCUACAUUUAGCUCUCAAAGAACAGCAACCCAAAGUGCGUGGUUGGCUUCUGGCUAGUCUUGAUGGUCAAACAACAGGACUUAUACCUGCUAAUUAUGUCAAAAUUCUUGGUAAAAGAAGAGGUAGAAAAACAGUGGAAUCCAGUAAAAUUCCCAAGCAGCAACAAUCUUUUACCAACACAACACUAAUUAAAGGAGCCACGGCCGCUGAUUCUUUGGAUGAACAGGAAGCUGCCUUUGAAUCUGUUUUUGUUGAAACUUGUAAGGUUCCAGUUGCACCUGAUUCCACUGGGAAAAGUGGCGAUAAACAAGAUCUUUGAUAUUGCUCAUGUUUGCCUGCAGUUGAACUAUACUUUAGAGUACUUUAAAAAAAUUAUUUCUUACAAAGAAAUUAAUCUACAAUCCAAUGAAAAUAUUUGUUAAUGGCUAUUCCAGUUGUUUUGCUGCUAGAAAUUAUUAAAGUUGUACACUAGUAUGUUGGUCUAGUGACCUGGUUCCGUUUUACAAGUUAUUGGACCACGAGGAUGUUUGUUUCACCAGGAUUUUAAGAUUAUGAAGACUGCUAUCAUUUUCAUCUUAUUUAAAACCCUACAUUUAUUGAAAGAGUAAGAUUGAUGAACUAUAGAGUACAUUGUUUGCUACAGUAGGGAUCAUUAAUGCUUUUUAAAGUUCUAGAUUAAUUGACUUGGAAUCCUCAGAAAUCGAGUGAUAACGUAAAUAUGAGAACAAGCAAAGAGGCUAAUAUUUUUUUACAACUGUAAAAAUAAAAUUUUUCUUAUCUGUAUUAUGUCUAGUCUUGGGUUUGCUUUUAGGCAGUAGUAUGUUUUCACCCACCAACAAUUAUACUGUUAUCUUUUAUUGUAUUUUUUUAAAAUUUAUCUUAAAAGAUCACUAGAAGCGUUGUGAAGGAGAUGGUUCUAGAAUGAUAUUUAGCCUUAAUAGUUUUCCCUGCUAGUAAAAAGGCUGAACUUUGUCUUACAGAUUAUUUCAUUUCUUCUGAGGAACAUAGAACUUUUUAUCCCUUUAUAAUAUGAUUAGUUUUCAUUCUGGAUGAAUCAGAAUAUAUGAAAGAUUUACUUUCUUUUCCUCCAACCAAGACUCAACUCCUUUGAGUAUGUGCUUAAUGAUAUAGUCAGUUCUAGUAGUAAUGAUUUUAAAUCUUUUCAUAGAUUCUCUGCUUCUAUAUAGUAUAAUUACUUUUUAAAAUUCCAUAUUCAGGCUGUUCUUUAAACAUUGAAAAUGUGUCACAUUGGAUACACAUUUCUUUUAGGUUUAGUUUUUACUACUGAGAAAAAUGCUGAGUAGCCCUUUAGUGUACGAUAAUGCCAUUUGACUCUUUUAAAUGCCAUUAAAUUUCAGGACACAAAAUUUCCCCACAAAAUUGGGAAAUUCGUAUACUUGCUGUGAUCAUACUACAAAAUAAUACUAUCAGGAAUGUAGGUGUACAAGAAUACAUUUACAGCUAUUGUUGAAAACUGGGAAUUAUUUGAUAAAGAUUUUCAUUGAGUAUUUUCAUCUUUCUUUUUACAAACUUUAUGUUCACCAAAUUAGUAAUUCAGACUAAAACAUACAGGAACCAAAUACACACUCAGCAUAGAACUUUACUAAAGACUUCUUGGGAACCUCUCUUUUGAAAUGACUGUAUAAGAAGUAAUACAUCAUUUAAAAUACAAAUGUUGACCUUGUGCAGAAAAAAAUAAUAGGAUAGUAAAACUUAUCUUAGGCCUCUUUUUCUAACACCCAGGUAUUACUUAAUCUUCAAGUUGAGGAGAUAAAGUUUCUUGUAAUUAUUUUCCACUUAUGUUCUACAAUUAGAGGUUCUGCUUUGUUUUGUUGGAGAAUAAUUUAUGGAAAUUCUCUUCUUGAAACAAAUUUUUGAUAAAACAAAUUAGUAAAUUUGAUGUUGAGACAUCUAAAUUGAAUGCUAGAAGUGAAGUAGAGGUGAAAUGUUGAGUCAACAUUAUUUAGGUUAGAAAAAGUGAGUCUUUAGGAUAGAAUUUGUGACUAGUAUUAAAGAUGUGUAGGGAGAAGAAUAUAGCACAGAAUAAGUGACAAAAACAACUUCACUUUUCUUAGGGUGUUUAUUUUUUGGUUAAGUAUACUAAAUUGCAAUAUACAUUAUCUAACUGGUAACUAUUUGUGUCUAAAAAUUUCUUUUCUAUUAAAAUUCUAGAAAAGGAAUUUAGGACUAGAAUAAGCAGAGAAAUUUUAUAACCUUUUUACCAUUACAGUUUUAGUAUAAUUUUUUUUAGAUGAGAUUAAAGGUAAUGUUCAAGGCUCCAAUAUUGUUAUUUUUAGAAACUUAUUUAGGGAGUGCUACUUUACAGAAAUUACUAACUGAAACCAAAACAUUUUCAAUUAAAUAAAAUAAAACACAAAUUACAAUAAAACAGGUUUCAUUUUUAACAUUUUUCUGAUUGUAUGUUAUCAGUUUUGAAAGGAAAAAGAAGACAGAUUUUCAUGUUUUAACAUUUUAUUUAGGUACAUGAUUUAGUCUGUCAGUGUGUCAUUAUACAUUUAUUUGAAUAUAGCUGUCCUUUAUCUUGUGUUUUCUUUAAUGGAAAAAAGAACAGAAGUUGAAUGCAGUUAAAAUUUUAUUUUUAAUAGAUUGUGAAGUUACUUUUACUGGACAAAUAAAAAUAUAUUAAACUUGAUUCAAAUUUUUUGAUGAUAAACUUAACUCUUUUUGCAGGAUUGGAAUUGAUAUAAAAAGUCUCUGUAGUUUUCUUCAUAUCAUUGUGUGUAUUAACUACUGCAAACUAAUGUGUCUAUUCUAUUUCCUUGUGAUUAAAAAACAUAUUAGAUUUACAUUUAUAUAAAAACUACCGGGAAGGUGACUUAAAUAAAAAUAAGACCACAAAUCUAGAUUUUGGGAAACCUAGAUUCUAGUCUGGACACCACUACUUACUUACUACAAGAUUUAACUCAUACUGUUUUUCACUGAUAACGUUGGGGAUAGCUGCUACAUCUGCCUCACAUGAGAGUACCUUGUUUUUUUAAUGUAAGUAUGGAUUUUUAUUCAGAAUUGCUUCUGAAAUACCACAGCUUAGCAGCCAACCCAUUGUCUUUUUUUAAAUUUAUUUUUAAAAAUUUUGUUUUUUAUUUUAAAAUUAGGUCAUAAUAGUUUAUAACAUUGUGAAAAUUCAGACGUACAUUAUUAUUUGUCAGUGACCAUAUAUAUUACCCUUUUAUGCCCCUUUACUGCUUAUGCCCACUCCCAACCCCAUUCCCCUCUGGUAACCACUAAUCUGUUCUCUUUGUGUGUUUAUCUUCCACAUAUGAGUAAAAUCAUGCAGUGUU